AUGGUCCAAAUAUUCAAAAACUUCAAGCAGAAGAAGUCUUUUAAACCAGACUCUGGGCAGAAGCGACCCAAACAUCCUCAAUCCUCCCACCGUGACCCAAACCUGCUGAAGCAUCCUCCCCACCGUGACCCAAACCUCCUGAAGCAUCCUCCCCACCGUGACCCAAACCUCCUGAAGCAUCCUCCCCACCGUGACCCAACCCUCCUGAAGAAUCCUCCCCACCGUGACCCAAACCUGCUGAAGCAUCCUCCCCACCGUGACCCAAACAUCCUGAAGCAUCCUCCCCACCGUGACCCAAACAUCCUGAAGCAUCCUCCCCACCAUGACCCAAACCUGCUGAAGCAUCCUCCCCACCGUGACCCAAACCUCCUGAAGCAUCCUCCCCACCGUGAUCCAAACCUCCUGAAGCAUCCUCCCCACCGUGACCCAAACCUCCUCGACCGACCCUCCUGUAAUCUCCUCCCCACAGCGACCAAACCCUCCUGUAACCUACCCCCACCCACCUGUAGCCUCCUCCCCAGCGCGACCCAACCCUCCUGUAACCUCCGCCCCACAGUGACCCAACCCUCCUGUAACCUCCGCCCCACUGUGACCCAACUCUCCUGUGACUUCCGCCCCACUGUGACCCAACCCUCCUGUAACCUCCGCCCCACUGUGACCCAACCCUCCUGUAACCUCCGCCCCACAGCGACCCAACCCUCCUGUGACUUCCGCCCCACAGAGUUCCAACUCACUUCUAAUCUCCUCACCACAGCGAUCCAACCCACCUGUAACCUCCCCCCACAGGGAACCAACCUUCAUUUAACCUCCCCACACCGACCAAACCCUCAUGAAACCUCCACCACACACCGACCCAACCCUCAUGUAACCUCCACCACACAGACAUCCAGUCUUUCUGUAACCUCUCCACAGCAACCCAACCCUCCUGUUACCUUCUCCCCUAAGCUAUCCAACCCUCCUGUUACCUUCUCCCCAAAGCUAUCCAACCCUCCUGUUACCUUCUCCCCUAAGCUAUCCAACCCUCCUGUUACCUUCUCCCCUAAGCUAUCCAACCCUCCUGUUACCUUCUCCCCAAAGCUAUCCAACCCUCCUGUUACCUCCUCCCCUAAGCUAUUCAACCCUCCUGUUACCUUCUCCCCUAAGCUAUCCAACUCUCCUGUUACCUUCUCCCCUAAGCUAUCCAACCCUCCUGUUACCUUCUCCCCUAAGCUAUCCAACCCUCCUGUUACCUCCUCCCCUAAGCUAUCCAACUCUCCUGUUACCUUCUCCCCAAAGCUAUCCAACCCUCCUGUUACCUUCUCCCCUAAGAUAUCCAACUCUCCUGUUACCUUCUCCCCUAAGCUAUCCAACCCUCCUGUUACCUUCUCCCCAAAGCUAUCCAACCCUCCUGUUACCUUCUCCCCUAAGCUAUCCAACCCUCCUGUUACCUUCUCCCCUAAGCUAUCCAACCCUCCUCUAUCCAACCCUCCUGUUACCUUCUCCCCUAAGCUAUCCAACCCUCCUGUUACCUUCUCGCCAAAGCUAUCCAACCCUCCUGUUACCUUCUCCCCUAAGCUAUCCAACCCUCCUGUUACCUUCUCCCCUAAGCUAUCCAACCCUCCUGUUACCUUCUCCCCAAAGCUAUCCAACCCUCCUGUUACCUUCUCCCCUAAGCUAUCCAACCCUCCUGUUACCUUCUCCCCUAAGCUAUCCAACUCUCCUGUUACCUUCUCCCCUAAGCUAUCCAACCCUCUUGUUACCUUCUCCCCUAAGCUAUCCAACCCUCCUGUUACCUUCUCCCCUAAGCUAUCCAACCCUCUUGUUACCUUCUCCCCUAAGCUAUCCAACCCUCCUGUUACCUUCUCCCCUAAGCUAUCCAACCCUUCUGUUACCUUCUCCCCUAAGCUAUCCAACCCUCCUGUUACCUUCUCCCCUAAGCUGGAGCUGGUGUGUAUUGCCACGAUGGAGUCUUUCUUUAUGCUGCGCUACCUGGCUGAGAAAGUGUUAACAGCACAGGAGAACAAGGAAGGAGUCACCGAGGACGGGAUAGAGGACUCCUUCGAGGAGGUGGUUAAGACUGGUCUGUGGGUGGGAGACUGUUUCAUCUACACCAGCUCUGUCAACAAACUCAACUACUAUGUAGGAGGAGAGAUCGUCACCAUCGCCCACCUGGACAGGUAA